AUGCUUAUUUUGUUUUUAUUGGUAGGAUCACUAUCACAAAGCACUUAGUAUUUAUGACUAAAAAUUAUUAGAGCUUUCUAGUUAUAUCACAGUUGAUGAUGCCUUAUCUGAUCUGUUAAAAAUAUAACCCAAAGGAUAUAAACCGUGGCAUCCAUCGUUGAAUGUGAGAUUACGUGUUUAAGGAGAAGAAAGAACUUAAGAAUUUUAUUCAUUUGUCUAAUAGCAAAUUAAAAUCAAAUAAAGAGGGAUCAACACAUAGCAUCCAAUGCAAUUCGUUUAGGUUUAAGGGCCAGAAUUCUUUGAGAACUUGGUUUGUAAAUGUAGUUUUUCGCCUGCAGAAGCAGCUUAAGAAGAAGAAGAAGGAGGAGAAGGAGGAGGAGAAGAAGUAGAAGGAGGUGGAGCAUGCGAAGCUGAGGGUGGUGGAGAUUAAGAAGGAGGAGAAGGAGAAGAAGUUGAAUUCAUUGUUAAAAAAACUAAAGCUCAUGGGAAAGACUUCAGUUUUCUACAAGUAGGAACUUAAAGUAAUUUAAAUUAAUAUAUACCACAACCUUAACAAGUUGAUUAAUUAUCUUAAUACGAUUUAAGACUACAGGCUCAAGAACAAUUAAUAAAGCAAUUCAUGGAAAAAUAAAAUUAACUGACUUAGCAAAUAUCUAUGUUGCAAUAGACUUAGGGUGUAUUUGUGCCAUCACUUUUUCCAUAAGUUGUAGAUUCUAAUUACCUAACUCCUUAAUAGUAGGCACAAAUGCUUUACUUAUUGUAGCUGUAAUAAUAAUAACAAUAAAUUCAAUAACAACUACUUUAAUAGUAAAUUCUGAAUCCAUUAUCAUUUUAAUCAAGUCCAACGAUAGUAAAGAAUGAGAAUAUUUAAACAUAACAAUAAUUUCAAAUUCCUUUGCAAUAACCACUUGCUUAUGCUUAAACUGUUACCUAGCCUAUUUUGAACCCAUAAUAAUUAUUGCUUUAAUAGUAAUUGCUAUAAUAAUAAUAAAUGGCUUAGCAAUAAAUUCCUCAAUAAUUAACUUAAUAGUAACUUCUUUAAUAACAACAGUAGUUAUUAAAUCAGUAGUAAAUACCAUAAGCAUAACCAUAGUAAUUAGUUUAAUCUUAAAUUCCUUAGCAAAUACCAUAAUUUUAAUAAUAAUAGAUUCCAUAAUAAUAAUUCUAAGCUUUCUAAUAAUAGAUUCCUUAGCCAGUUCAAUACUAAAAUAUAUAAUAAUAAUCUUAUUAAUAGAUUCCUUAGCAGUAGGCUUAACAACAAUAAUAAUAAUAAUAAUAAUAAUAAUAAUAAUAAUAAUAAUUAUAAUAAUAAUAAUAACAAUAACAAUAAUAAAAUGGAUUUUUAUAAUAACCAUAAUAGUAAUAGAAUGUUCCAUAAUUUGAGUAGUUGGUAUUUAAAUAUCAUUAAAUUUUAGUUGGCUUAAUAGAUGGCUUAACCAUUGAUGCAACCUUAAUUUUUACAAAAAUAACCACAGAUUAUUGGAGGAGGAUGA